AUGAGCCCUGCCGGAGAACCCUCUUUUGCCCAGCUUGUCUUUCGGGACCUGACUCGCAGCGUGGGCGGGCGCGUCAUCAUUUCCGAUCUCACUGCUAGCAUCUGCUCGGGUGAAACACUCUUCAUCACAGGCCCCAGCGGAGUGGGCAAGUCCCUGCUGCUCCGCACCCUUGCCUUCCUGGACCCUUUCGACUCAGGGUCCCUCACACUCGCCGGCAGGACCCCCGAGGAGUGGGGCGUGCCCAAGUGGCGGGCGCUCGUCACUUACGUACACCAGUCCCGCGUGCAGCACAAGGGCACCCCGGCCGAGCUCUACUUUGCUCUGCAGCAGUUCAAGUCACAGCGUGGGCGGCCUCGCGGCGACUUGCCAGCUCUUGUGCACCAGCUGGGGCUUGAGCAGGGGGCGCUUAACCAGCCGUGGGUGGAGCUUUCGGGCGGACAAGCGCAGCGCGUUCAGCUGGCCAUUGCCAUUGCGCUGCGGCCGCUGGUGCUGCUGCUCGACGAGCCGACGUCGGCGCUUGACACAGAGUCUACCCGCAGGCACGCCGCGCCGCUCCUGGUCGAGGCGGUGCUCAAGGGGUGCGGCGCAGCACUGGUCUGGGUGUCUCACGAUCCAGGGCAGCCGGGGCGCGUGGGCGGCCGCAUUCUCACCCUGCCCUUGGGCAACGAAUCAGCGGCGCUGACCCCGCCAGCAGGCUCCUCGCCAACCCUGUCUCCCCAGUUUGCCUCGCCAGCCACCACCCUUGACGACACUCCCUCUCCUGAGAAGCCACGGCGGGAGGGAAAGGCUUAG